CGCCACUGUUCAAACGGGCAGUAGUGGCUGUCAAAACGGGAGAUUUAGUUUUGUGAAAAAUGGCGAAUGCAUGCAAAGUUCCAGUAAAAUCCGUUAUUUAAUGUUCCUACCAGUAUCCGUUUGUAAGCCUGGCUAGCCAGUUUGGCCUAAAAAUAAAAACCUGACGGCAAUAAUGUCGCUACCUCCAGAGAAAGCUUCCGAGCUGAAGCAGAUCAUUCACAACCAUCUGCUAAAGAUGGAUAUCCACGGGAAGAUCCGAGAGGUGCUGGCUGAGACUGUGAGAGACGAUCAGAGCUCAGCACGUCGGUCUCUGUCUGAGGCAGAUUUCCUGCGUGCUCUGCAGCGCAGGGGCAUCAUAGAUGAUAUGAUGAAAGAGCUUCACUUUACACAGGAAGCAGGCACAGAGGCAGAAACAGGACCUCCUACAAAACCUGCUACUCACUUUGUUGAUAAAGAUAUCACUCACCUGAAAAAAACCAAUAUCGACCCAUCAAGGCGAUGUCUGUAUCUCCAGGUGCUUGGAGGCAAAGCCUUUUUGGAGCACCUCCAGGAGCCGGAGCCCUUACCUGGCCAGGUGUGUUCUACGUUUACGCUCUACGUGCACUUCCGCAACCAGAGGUUUCGGUCAAAACCAGUGCCCUGUGCCUGUGAACCUGACCUCAAGGAGGGCUUCCUGCUAGAGAUCCACAGGGACGGCACAGGAGAAAGCAGUAAGAUGGCGGAUGCGACCACCAUGCUAUCUAUGUGUGACCCAGUGCACUUUGUGCUGAUAAAGACAAACACCUCCAGUGAGACAAUGCUGGUCUCGUCCUACUUCCUGGACUGGAGGACGGUCCUCAGCUCGCCCAGUGGCAAGACCUGCUUUGCUGUAGAGCUGAUGGGAGUUGGAAGUGAAUCCAGAGUCCCAGCUGGUGUUUUGACUGUCAGCCUGGAGCUCUACCCUCCUCUCCCAGAGACUCUGAGCGCUGACAUCAUCAGCACACAGCAAUCACUGGAGAGGCAGAGAACAGCAGAGAAGGAGAGGCUCUUCUUGGUUUAUGCCAAACAGUGGUGGAGGGAAUUCCUGGAGAUCCGAGCAUCACACCAGACCAAACUGGUCAAGAUUUUUGCACAGGAUGAGAAUGGCAUCAACAGGCCAGUGUGUUCCUACGUGCGUGUCCUCCGGGCGGGCCGCCUCCUGGAGAGCCCUCGGCAGGCGGCCCGCUUUGUCAGCCUUCUAGCCCAUGAGAGGGCUCCGGUGGUGGGAGGAGGAGGCAAGCAGGAGCAGUGGUGCACAUUAAUGGCUUUCCUGUGUCGAGGGAAGGGGGACUGUGAGGACCACGCCACCCUGCUGUGCAGCCUCCUGCUGGGUUUUGGCCUGGAAGCAUACGUGUGUGUGGGCACCAAAGCCAAAGGAGUUCCACAUGCCUGGGUCCUGACCUGUGGUACUGAUGGGAGCAUCACUUUCUGGGAAAGCCUGACAGCGCACAGAUACCUGCACCGUCCUAUAGAUCCAGAUGCUCCACCUCUGGCCCCCCAACCUAAACCUACCUACCCAUACCGCACUGUAGGCUGUGUCUUCAACCACCCGACCUUCCUUGCCAACUGCCAGCCCUCUGAUGCUGUGGAGCUCUGUGUCUUUGACUUCCAGAAUCAGUCACGGUGGAAAGCAAUGAGUGAAGAGGCUCUGAAGUCUGUUUGUGCCCCAGGAUCCACCACCUCUCUGCCCCCUCUGCCUCCACUCUGCGCCCCGUCUCUGGAUCCAGCUGCAGCCAGCAACCAGCUGGAGCUUGAGAUGCGCUACCUGGUAUCUGAGCAUAGGAAGGACCUGGACCUGGCGACAGUGUGGGACGACCACCUGUCCUACCUGCUGUCCUCGGCCCUGUCGGCCUACGAGCUGGAGCGCUGCACUGGGGUCUCCUGUGGCAACGAGGAGUUCCAGGACGCCGUGAGGAGGGCCGUGCCAGACGGACACACUUUCAAAGGCUUCCCUAUACACUUCCUCCACCGCAACGCUCGUCGAGCCUUCGCCACCUGCCUCAGGUCUCCCUUCUGUGAGGAGAUAGUGUGUUGUCGUGGCGACCACGUGAGGCUGGCUGUACGUGUUCGGGUGUUUGUUUAUCCCGAGAACGCGUGCGCAGUGUGGCUCAUGUUUGCUUGUAAAUACCGCUCCGUACUCUGACCCACGGACAGAUGGUGUCCAGAAACUACCAGCCUGUGUUACUGUCUGACCCCACACUGCACACCCUUCAUGCGGACCCCACAGCGACACACUGUUCUUUUUGGCUUGGACACUUUUGCGAGAAUACCUGGACUCACAAUAAGACUUAAUUAUUAAGCUGUACUAUUACACAGACAUGUUUGUGACUCUGCUUUGAUGGUCAGGUCUUUAUUUCUUGUUGAAUAGAAGCACUUGUACAGACAUAUGCAUUAUUUAUUUUUGCAAAUAAACAG